AUGGAUUGCUGCUGGGCCCCUUUCCUCUGCCUGUGCCUCUUGGCGUCUCAGAGCAGGACGGCAGAGGCGUCCCAGACGACCCUGAAAUGGAUGGAGAGAAUGGAGGCGGUAACCAGGGGCAGGAGCAGCACACCUCAUGCUGACCUCGUUCACGGCCUAGAGUCGGAGCUGCUCAAUGCCAGCUUCACCGGCCACAACCUCACCUUGCAGACGCACACCAUCCAGGCACUGGCCUUCAAGCUGAACUGCAACUUCGCUGGUCUCUCUCUGAGCAGUGCCGUUCUGGAGAAGGUCCCCCAGGCCCAGCCUCAACACGCCAUGCAGUUCCCGGCCGAGCUGACCCGGAAUGCCUGCAGGACCCGCUCUGGGGAGCUUCGUCUCAUUUGUAUCUAUUUCUCCAGCAGCCGCUUUUUCCAGAAAGACAUCAACUCAUCUCUGCUCAAUAACUAUGUUCUGGGGGCCCAGCUGAGCCAUGGACAUGUGAGAAACCUCAGUGAACCAGUGAACAUCAGCUUCUGGCACAACCAAAGCCUGGAAGGCUACACAGUGACCUGUGUCUUCUGGAAGGAGAGCACCAACGAGAGUUACUGGGGGGCCUGGAGCCCCGAGGGCUGUCACACACAGCGGCCCUCACCUUCCCAGGUGCUCUGUCGCUGCAACCACCUCACCUACUUUGCUGUUCUUAUGCAACUCUCCCAGGCCCCUAUCCCUGCAGAGUUGCUGGCCCCUCUCACCUACAUCUCCCUGGUGGGUUGCAGCAUCUCCAUCGUGGCCUCGCUGCUCACUGUCUUGUUGCACCUCCAGGCCAGGAAGCAGAGUGACUCCGUAACACUCAUCCACUUGAACCUGCACACCUCCGUGCUGCUCCUCAACAUCGCCUUCCUGCUGAGCCCUGUGCUGGCCACGCCCCCAGUGCCCGGGGCAGCAUGCGUGAUGCUGGCCGCUACCCUGCACUUCGCGCUGCUCAGCUGCCUCACCUGGAUGUCCAUUGAAGGCUUCAACCUCUACCUCUUACUCGGGCGCGUCUACAACAUCUACAUCCGCCGAUACGUGCUCAAGCUCUGUGCCGUGGGCUGGGGGGUCCCGGUCUUCCUAGUGCUGCUCCUUCUUGCCGUCAAGAGCUCUGUUUACGGACCCUGCAAGAUCCAACUCUCCGACAGCCAGGGAAACAGCACGAUCUUCAAGAACACGUCCAUAUGCUGGGUGCAGAACUCCUGGGUGCACCGUGUCCUGGUCAUGGGCUAUGGUGGCCUCACGUCCCUUUUCAACCUGGUGGUGCUGGCCUGGGCGCUGAGGGUCCUCAACAAGCUGCGGGCGCGGGAGAAGGCGCCGGGCGCCCGGGCCUGCCGGGACACCGUCACCGUGCUGGGCCUCACGGUGCUGCUGGGCACCACCUGGGCCUUGGCCUUCUUCUCCUUCAGCGUCUUCCUGCUGCCCCAGCUCUUCCUCUUCACCAUCUUCAACUCGCUCUACGGUUUCUUCCUCUUCCUGUGGUUCUGCUCUCAGAGGUGCCGCUCAGAGGCAGAGGCCGAGGCAGAGAUGGAGGUGUUCACCUCCUCCCAGAUGAUGCAGUAG